UAUAGGGGAGACCGGGUAUAGUUGUCAUAGCGGUCAUUGUUUGCGAUUUGUGUUGAAGAAUCGCGAAUGCCCCACUUCCUUUUCACGCCGAUUUUUUAUCGCUGAGACAACCAUACCCGGUCUCCCCACUCAUCUUCAUUCAAGCCCUUACUACGUCAAGGUUACUACGAAUGAAUAAAACGUGUUAUAUUAUGAAAUUAUCAACGCCUACGGAGCUUUAAUCGUAUUUUAUACGUUUGUUUUAGAUGAAGAUAGAUCUUCGUAAUAGCGUAGUAUAUUUAUCGAUAAAAACUGCGGAGUACUGAUCUUACCUAACAAACAAGUUUUUAAUAACAGGUUGACGCUAUCCUCUAAAUUUAUAUCAUGUUUCAUUUUUACAUGCGUAAAAAAAGUAAAUAAACUUCUUUGAAGCACGUAAUAAUUUACCAAGUCAAUAAACCGGCUAAUGCCAGAGUGUGAAUGAAGGCAAAAUUUUGUUUACGACAAAAUGACAACCUAUGUGAUAAAGAUCUGAAUUUAUUGACAGUUUUAUUUAUUUAUACUGCGUUUAGAGCCCACAUACAAACGAUUACUUAUUUUAUAGAUUUUUCUUUGAUGUUUCCAUCACUAUUAUUCUAGUCGAUGGUGCAAUAGGAACAUUAUUUUAAAUGACACGAGCAAAGUUAAUUUAACUCACACCAAUAAGUGUCUUAGAUAAUUAAAAUAACCGUCUUAAUUUAUGAAUGAAAAUUGAUAUCGAUAUCUGUUUAGCUUCGAUGUAGGUCUUUUACAUAAUUUGGGGUCGAGUUCAGACUGCGAUAAGUUGACGUUAUUAAUUGAAUAAAAUGACAUCCGUGAUAGUGCGUCUUGUACAAAUCUCGGUGAAAUUGGUUCAUUACAAGUCAAUGAUUGCCCAACCACCGGAACUACAACCAUACAGUUUGAUCUGUACUCCUAAAAAUGAAUCAGAACAUUUAAGGACUCGUAUGAUUUUACUGGUCAUGGUCUUCAUGCUUCUCUUCAUCAUGGGCGCUAUAUUCUUCAGUUAUUACGCAGCAAUAACCAUCGCAUCUCACAUAGAGCGUGGUGUCAAAAUUUCAGUCUCGGUACUAGAAGAAUGUUGACCGAUACUUCAUACCGAAGCGAAGACCGGUAAACAGAUCAUUGUUAUUCAAGCAUGUGCCUACAGAGUAACUGAAAUGGAGGAAGAAUACGCAACUAUUGUGUACGUGGAAUUAGCUGAAAAUAUAUAUGUGCCUUACGAAUGGCCAAUUCGAGGGAUUGAAAAUUUAAUUUUAGUUUUGGCAGAAAAAAUAAUUUCUCAAUUUGGUUUUGCGAGUCCCGUUCUACAGGUGAAGAAUAUACCAACAAGAUUGAUGCGACGUACCAAAACAACCGGUUCUAUACAUGUAUUUGAAAAGGUGGCGAAAGAGGAGAUGGUUGGCUCUUUUGUUUAUGACAUAGUGUUGCCUAAAGAAGAAGACAGUAUUCACAUGGAGAUGACCCGCGGAAGUAGCAUCAAAAAAGGAUCAUGGCCAAAUUACGUGACGAGCUUCUGUCCAAGAGAUAACAAGAUAUCAUACCACCUGAUUCCUCAACGAUUUAGGUAAGUUGAUAUGUAUAGUCUGUUACUUCAGAGGCUACCUUGCCUUUGUUUGUCUAUGUCAGCCUAGGUCAAACAAAUAUUAUGCUUUCAGUGGGGAGUGUUGUUUAACGCAAGUGCUAACAAACAUACCUUGUGCUC